AUGUACGCACAUAAUGAUUUCAUCAGACAUGUAAAACGUAUAGGAUCGGAAAUGAUUUGGACAAGAAAUGAUACAAAAUGUUCCAUAAUCUGUUCAUUAGUACCAUGUGCUAUAUCAUUAAAUUCAUUCUUAUAUACUUCCAAUAAUCCUAAUUCAACAAAAAAAUGGAAUGCAUCAUUACCAUUAUGGAUACCAAAGGAUGCGUAUAUUUAUGGAUUGUUAGAUGUUUUAACAAUGUCACCUAUUGGUUAUGCUGCUUAUCGUGCUUAUAAAUAUGGUGGAGGUUUCAUGUACGAUGAUACAAAAAUUGCAUUGGGACUUUGUGGUAUCACUUUAAUAUUCUCAUUAUUUUCGCUACCUUUCACAAAAGCAAAAAAUUAUACAUCUCAAUUCAGACAUACUCUUUUGAUGCAUUUAACAGCGCUUGGAACAACUUAUACUUUUUAUAAGCUUGAUAACAAAGCUGGCCUACUGAUGAUACCAUACGCUAUAUGGACUGGAUGUUAUACAUUGUUAGCAUACGCGUUGAAAUGA